ACAAUUUGACAUUUGAUAUAUACAAUCUUAAAAUCGUAGAAUUCGACGCCAUUGGGUCGUCCACCACGCGCUACUAAACCAACGACGUGAAAUAAGCUGCAUUUGCUUUAGUGCCCGAUUUGUGUGUACAUAUAAAUGGCGGCUGACGAAAAAUGGUAUUUUACAAAAGAACAGCUAGCAAACACUCCGAGCAGGAGAUGCGGCAUCGAUGCAGAUAAAGAAMUAAGUUACAGGCAGCAGGCCGCUAAUUUCAUCCAGGACAUGGGCCAGCGACUUGUGGUUACUCAAUUAUGCAUCAAUACUGCAAUAGUUUACAUGCACAGAUUUUAUGUGUUCCAUUCGCUAUCACAAUUUCAUCGAAAUUCCAUUGCUGCAGCAGCCCUGUUUUUAGCAGCAAAAGUAGAAGAGCAACCACGUAAACUGGAACAUGUCAUUAAAAUGGCAUACAUGUGCUUGCACCGUGAACAGCCGCCUGAUAGAUCUGAGCCACCCGAUAGAUCUGAGCAGUAUCUUGAACAAGCUCAAGAUUUGGUUUUCAAUGAAAAUGUCCUAUUGCAAACAUUGGGGUUUGAUGUUGCUAUUGAUCAUCCUCAUACACACGUUGUUAGAUGUUGCCAACUAGUUAAAGCAAGUAAAGACCUGGCACAGACGUCUUAUUUUAUGGCAUCUAACAGCUUGCAUUUAACAACUAUGUGUCUGCAAUACAAGCCUACAGUAGUUGCCUGUUUCUGCAUUCAUUUAGCAUGCAAAUGGUCCAAUUGGGAGAUACCUCAAAGUAAUGAAGGUAGACAAUGGUUUUGGUACGUUGAUAAAAGUGUUACUAAAGAGUUGUUGGCACAACUUACUGCAGAAUUUCUACAUAUAUUUGAUAAAUGCCCAUCACGAUUGAAAAAGAAGAUUAUGAGCAUUUCCGCCAAUCAAAGCCCGAAUUUAAAUCAUCAAAAUGUACCUAACAACAAUUCACUAUUUGAUGCUGAGCCACGAAAAGUUCAAUCUCCUGCAAAUGCAGCAGAAGGGGGACCAACAUUUCAUUUCAAUCGGCCCCAUCAUUCCGAAAAACAAGAAGAUAGAAGACAACAACAAGGUCCUUCAACUAACCCAACAAGACCACCUGUUGAUUAUCGUGAAUAUAAGGAGAAAAAGGAACGUGAACGUUUAGAGAGAGAAAAGGCUGCUCCAACUCCAUCAACGAGUGGUCAUCAAAGUCAUGCAGUUGAUAUCAAUAAGCAUCAUUCUUCGCACCAUCAUAAACAACCUGUGCCUGGAACCAGCAGCAUGCCUAAUAAGCAUUCCGUGCCACCAGGGCAAAAAUCUACAAUGCAUCAUAAUCAUCAUCAUAGACAAGAGAUUAAAGUUAAUCAACCAGUACAGCAAAGACAUUCUACUGGCAAUCAACCGCGAGAAUCCAAUCGUGAUCCUAACAGACAGAGGAUAGCAAGGGAAUACAAUUCUAGCAGUAGUUCAAAUACCAAUAGUGCAGUGCAUUCUCAUGGUCAUAUUCUACAUCAAGGAAAAGAUGUAAAUGCAGACAAUGCUUUACCAGAUAAUACAUCACACAGAUCUGACAUUGUUACAUUACAAGACAAUCUCAGUAAUAAUAAUCAUAAUUUACAGAGAUUAAAUAUAAUGGAUGGAAAACAUCAACCACACGACAAAAGGGUCUAUGAUCCUAGGCAUAAACCUGUAGACCAUAAAAAAGACGCAGAACAGAAAGUUUACAAUAAAUAUCCUGACUCAUCAAGAGAUAGACAACGGAAAUCUGAUUCUUUGGAACAGAGAUCCGAAGAAGUAAGGAAGCUUAUAGAAAAACCUUUGCCAUAUCCAAAACCAGCAUUGGAUGUGCAACAUGCUGCCAAUUUACAAAAACCUUCUUAUCAUGGUAAAUAUAGUCAAGCGGAUAAACCACAGGGAAGCACCAGUGCGUUCAUAAGUGAUAUCAAAUCAACCAGUAUGCCUCAAAAUACGUUCACUCAAGAAAAAUCUCCAACAACCCCUGCAUCAUCUUUAUCACAAAUUUCUCAGAAAAGCAUAUCUUCUAAAUCUAUGAUAAGUCAACAUUCUGCUUAUAGUGUUUCGCAAACAUUAAAAGAUUCCAUCAAGAAUGGAAACUCUCAAUCCUCGUGUCUAACGCCUUUGAAUAACAUUGAUGAUUCGAAAGCUGAAAAACGACUACGACAUGACGAAUUGGUCGAUCAACAAUCAAAUUUAUUGCCAACAGCACCACCAGUGACCAAGCACAAAUCGUUGUUUAGCCCAGAAAAAGUGCAAACCAGUCGAGAAUCGUCGUCACACUCUCAGAGGCCUAAAUCGAAACAAAAAACGCCACCGGCUGUUAAAGUUCCUAAACAAGACCGUGCACCAGAGGCGGCUCUAACCGGUCUUAAUUUGGCGACAUCAUUCACGAGUCCACCAAAUUUACAUCAAGCUGAAUCGAUGGCGAUUAAGCGUUCCGGUAGCGAUUUGUCAGGGAUUGCUCAUAAAAGACAUCGUACCAUAAGUUCUAGUGAAAAUGAACCUCAUGCAAAAGUGAAAAUAGAAGAUGCAUCAAGUUUAGAGGCCAUGAAGAUGCAUAGUAGAGUACCAGAGAUUAUCCAGCCAAUUAGAGAUAAUCCUUCAUCGAAUGGUAGAAGUACUUCGGUAUCUAGUGAAUUACAACCACCGGAAUUAAUUAAACCAUUCGAACCAGAGACUGUGAUUUCUCGUUUUGGUACUAUGGCUACUAAUGGGUUGGAUGCAAACAUUGAGACUCAACAAGUGCAAAUGGAAUAUUUGUCACCAAUGAAAUCAGCUCAAAGUAUAAGUGCUCUAUUGCAAGAACCUUUAGCUCCGUUGCCAUCUUUACUGCARGGUAUGCAGCAAUUUAGUCAAAUAACAUCGCAACAGGCACAUCAGGAGCAAGUUGUUCAGCAAGAGCAACAACAGCAGUCUCAACAACAACAGUCAUCACAACAAUCACAAAUGCAAUUGCAAAUGCAACAACAACAAUCAGUUCAGCAUCAACAUUUACAUUCGCAUCAACAACAACAACAACAACAACAACCCAUAACAUCUCAUUCAUUGUUACUUCCUAAUAGUCAAUUAGCAGUACAAACACAGUGUAUGACACUGCCUUCAACAAUGACUGAAACAUCAGUAGUUUCAACGGUUGACAUCAGUGUUUUAUCUGCUCCAGUGCAAAGUAAUACUGAUGGAAUAGUUCAAACUGUACCAACAACUACUACGGUACAAAAAGCAGUAGUGCCGACAGUGACUGAAGAGAAGAAAAACGAUCAUCAUAAGAGCGAAAAGAAAAAGAAGAAGGAAAAGCAUAAGCAUAAGGAGCACAAAGAAAAGAGCAAGGAUAAACAUAAGCAUAAACAUAAGGAAAAGGACAAGGAGAAGCAUCGUGAAAAAGACAAGGAUAAAACUGAGGAGACAUUGCCUGCCGCACCUAUCAAGAUUACAAUACCAAAAGAAAAGUUAAAUCUUAGUGGUGAAACUGCUGUCACAAGUGGUGGUAAUGUUGUUGUACCAGAGAAAAACAAAUCACCUCAAGGUACRGGCUUGAAAUUAAAAAUUGUAAAAGAUCGAUUGAAGAGUACUGAAAGUAUACCAGGUACGCAAGCUCAGCCAGUGCCACAAGCACCGUUAAAAAUGAAAAUACGAACGGACGCAAUUUGGAGAAGUUCGACGGGUAGUGCACCAGUAACGACGACAAGCGCUUCGACAAUUAGUAGUGCUUCGGACUAUUCUGGUGAAAGUCGAAAAAGAGAAAGAUCCGAUGCCAAUGACAGCGCAUCAAACGCGCUUCAUGCAGCAAAAAGACCACACUAUCAUCACUAUCAUCACCAGCAAUCAUCACAACAACAACAACAACAACAACAACAACAACAUCAACAACAACAACAACAGCAAGCACAACAGCAAGCACAACAGCAACAACAACAACAACAAACACAGCAGGUUUCAUCAAUGGUUGCCGGUGGUCACGGUCAAUACCGUUCCGGAGAAAGGCAGAACGGCAGGCACUAUAGUUCAAGCAGCAAUAACAAGGAAAGGCAUACGUCCAGUCAUCACAAGAGUACCAGCAAAAUCUCACAAAAUCAACAAUCCCAUGCUACGUAGUACCGAGAAAUCCGGAUAAAACGGCAUCAAUAAAGCAGAACUUUCAUUAGGAUAUAUAAAUAUUUAUAUAUAUAUAUAUAUAUAUAAAUAUAAUUAUAAUUAUAUAUAUAUCUAU